AUUUGUCAAAUUGUUAUAAUUAUUAUUAUUAUAAUUAAUUAUAAUAAAUAUAAAAAUAGAAGAAGAGAUUUAGCCCAAUUUGCUAUUUUUGCGCGAAUUGGAUUCUAAAAAUGUGGUUCUUUCGUUCUAAUAAAAAAGUUUAAAUUUUGUUUUGACAUUUUGUUAAUCUGCCAAAUCAUUUGACAAGCUUAUUAUAGAUCAAAAUUUAUAGAUUUUCGUAUAAAAUUGCGCGGGAUAUAUUUAAAUUUCGAAAAUGCCUCAACAUACCGGGUUAAAAUUGGUUGCUAACCCAAAUUUUAAAGAACCAGACUUUGAGUUAUUACCGUUACAUUUAAUACCUAAAGAUAAAGUUUUAUUCAGUAACAAAGAAAUUAAAAGCAAUAAAAAUCAGUUCAUGUUAUCAAGACUUCAAACGGCAAUCGACUUAUGCGGAUUAUUAAACGAAUCUGAUCUUAUAAGAAGUGAUAAAGAUCUUGUUGAAUCAGUUAAAUCUGAUAGUAGUGAUGGGUUGAAUUAUUUAAGACAAACAACCACGAAUGAAAAUAAUGUACUUUUCAAAAGUAUUUGGGCUUUCUCUGCUAAAACCAAAGUUCCAGAAUGUUGCCGAAGCUCAGAUGAGAGAAAAACUAAAAAGACUAAAAAAGAGAAAAAGAAAAAAGGAAAGAAGAAGAAGAAGAAGAAAGGUGAUAUGAAAAAUGAUUGCUGUCUUGCAGACUGUUGUAAAGAUCAGAGUGAAUUGGUAAAAUUGAAAAGAGACAUGGAAUUGUUAUGCAAAAAAGAAUGUUGUUUAUCUGUUGAAGAUAGAGAAUGGAGAAUUCGUGAAAUGUUACGAUUAAACAAACCUGAUUGUUGUUUAUCGCACGAUGAUCGCGCUAAAAAAGCCACCAUGAGAAGUUGUGGUGAACAAGAAGACGAACCCAGCUAUUUACAUAAAAAACCCUGUUGCAUGACCAGCGAAGAAAAAGCCGAGAAAAAGGCUGCGGAAAAAAUGACUAGAAAAUACACGAAAUUAGUUAAGAAAUCCAAGUCAGGACAACCAAUAAUAUCUACAAUAGGACUGCUUUCAAAUUCUCCAGUGUGUUGUAAAGCACCUGGCCAAAAAGAAACUACAGAAAAUGUUGGGCACCACGAUCUUGCUUGUGGACAUGAUCAACAUCACCAUUCUCAUCCUAAUCCUGAAUAUUAUUCUCAUCCUCAACAUCAUCAAUUUUCUCAACCUUAUCCACAUGCUCAACCUUAUCCACAUCCUCAACCUUAUCCACAUCCUCAACCUUAUCAACAUCCUCAACCUUAUCAACAUCCUCAACCUUAUCAACAUCCUAAUCCAUAUCCUCAACCUAAUCUACAUCCACAUCCACAUCCUCAACCUCAUCCAUAUCCAGAUCAUAAUCAUGGUAAAUACGAUGAUUUGCGAUUUCAAGAACCAACUCACGAAACCCAAUCUAUUCAUGGUGUUCAUUUUGCGAACGAUCAUUAUCAGACUGAGAUUCAUCAUGAUGAUAACGUUCGAGAAGAAGGUGUGUGUCAAUUACAUGGUCAAUAUGAAUGCGUUCGCCCCGAAUGUUGCCUAACACAAGAAGAAUUAGAAUCGCGUACAGCUUGUGUUUUACAUGGAGUUUAUGGAUGUACCGACCCCGGUUGUUUAGAAGACGAACAUCACGCGGAUUGUUGUAUUAUGCUUGACGAUGAGCAUUAUCCCUACCCGGUGAAGAAAAAGAAAGAAAAGAAACAGAGGAGAAGAAAGAAAAAAAAAGUUAAAGUAGAUCCAACAACACCUUAUUGUUGCCUUAAACCUAGUGAAAUAAUUAGGAUGGCCGGUGAAACUAGGAACGAUGUUUAUAAAAGACCCGAUUGUUGUCUUACACCCGAAGAACUAGAAAUGAGGCGAAGAGAACGAACACCUAAUUGUUGUUUGAGUAAAGAAGAGGUUAAGUUGAAACAAAAGGAACAAAAAGUUGCUCGCAAACAUCGAUCUGCAGAUAGAAAGAAAACUGAGACUUUAAUUAAAACGAGCGACAAAAAAAUUAAAGAUGCAAAAGCUGCGGCGUUAAAACAAAAACAACAGGAUGCUAAAGAAAGAGAAAUUGAUGCUAAAUGGAGGGCUAAAAUGGAAAAGAAAUAUGGAAGUAGUUUUAAAAAGAAACCUUGUUGUAGCAACAAAGGUGAAAUCAUACAAAUUGGUAUACAAAACAAUGUUCAAGAGAAUAUACAAAGUAAUAUAGAAAGACCUCAGCAUAUCGUUGGAGACAAUAAUUCGUGUUGUUUAGUACCUGAACCUAUAGAAAAAGAACACCGGGAGAUUAUUAUUAAAAAAGAGGAAGCUAAAGAACAUCUUAAGCAAGAUGAUAAACAUCACGUGAUUCACCAUAAUGAAAAAUUUUCUGAGCGAAAAGAUGAAGUAUCUGUUAAGAUAGUGCGCAAAGACGAGGUGAUUCAUCAAGAUUUAAAACCGAAUAAUUUAAGAUUUCAAGAACCAACUCACGAUGAAGUUAUUUCCUAUGAAGUUCCAACAGAAGAAUUAUUUUCAAACAACAAUUACAAUAGCAACAUUUUUUCUGGCGACGAUCUUAUUCCUGCGGAUCGCAUUUGCCAAAUACACGGUCAAUAUGCUUGCAUUAGACCUGAAUGUUGUCUAACAUCAGAAGAAUUAGAAGAUAGGGAUAUUUGUAUCUUGCAUGGAAUACACGGAUGUACAGACCCUAAUUGUUUAGGUAUGGAAAGCGAUGCAAGCGGGUGUUGCACAAUGCUUGACGACGAACAUUAUCCCUACCCCGUGAAAAAGAAGAAAGAAAAAAGGAAGCGAAAGAAGAAAAAGAAGAAAAUUGUAGUUGAAGAGUUUUCAAAACCUUAUUGUUGCUUGAAACCGGGAGAAAUUUUAAAAAUGGCCGAUGAGUCAAGAAAAAAUAUUAAUAAAAAACCCGAUUGUUGUCUCACUCCUGAAGAAUUAGCAAAAAGGCGGAGAGAACGAACACCCGAUUGUUGUUUAAGCAAAGAGGAGAUUAAGUUGAAGAGACGUGAAAGAUCGGUGGCGCGGAAACAACGAUCACGCGAACGACAAAAAACUGAAAAAUUAGUUAAAGCUAGUGAAAAAAGAAUUACCGCAGCAAAAAAAUCGGCUCUAAAACAAAAACAGGAAGAUGCCAAAGAACGAGAACUUGAAGCUAAAUGGAGGGCGAAAAUGGAAGAGAAACGUACCGGGGUGAAAACAACGAAAAAAUUUUCAUUAUCAUCAUGUUGUGCUAAAGGAGCAGAUGAAGAAGAUGAACCACAACCUGCAAAAAUCAUUAGAGAUGAUAAUUUUUGUUGCUUAACUCCAGAAUAUAAAGAAAAAAAACCUAACAUAAUCAUAAAUGAUGAUCAAGCAGAACCUGUUAUUAAACGCAAAUCAAAAGUUGUUAUUAAUGAUGAAAUUGAACCUUUCGAUCAUAAAAGUGAGCCAACUAAUGUUGAACAAGACGAUUUUUAUAUCCCAUCUGGUGCGAGUCUACCAAGACCAAUUCGCAAACAUUUUUCUUCCUCUGAAGAUGUAAGUGAAAUAGAUUCGAAAGGGAGUAUUUAUCGGAUUUAUUCAGAAAGCGAUGGAAGAGUUGUAAUAACUCCGGUUGGUUAUGAUAAAAAGCAGCACUCAAAAUCAUAUAAACAUCAUUCAGAAUCCGAACAAGAUUCAUCACAAUCCGGUGAAAUCCACAGGAUAAAUUCAACAUCUAGUCAAACUAAUGAUGCUAAAGUUAUUGGAGAAAUCAUUGGUGAAGACCGCAUAGUAAAGGAAUUAAAUGGAAAACGAGUUAAAGAAACACCAUCAAAACCUUAUUGUUGCCUUUUACCGGAUGAAAAACAUAGAAUGUUUGAAGGAUCAUUACUACGUAAACAAGAGAAUCGACCUGAAGAUGCAGAAAGAUGGCGUCGUGAACGAACUCCCGAUUGUUGUCUUAGCAAGGAAGAGAUUAAAUUAAAAAGGCGCGAACGAAUAGAAGCACGCAAAGAACGAGCGGCCGAAAGAAAACACAUCGAAAAAGAAAUCGAAAAAAGUGAAAAAGCAAUUAAAGCAACCCAAAAAGUAAUGAAAAAACAAGAAAAAGAGGAAGUUAAGGAAAUGAAAAAAGAAGCGAAAUGGAGGACUAAAAUCGAUACAAAACAAGAUCGCAUAACAAAAUUAGAACAAAAACGUCUUUCAAAGAAAACUGAAGAACCUUACGUUUGUGAUGAUGCUGUUUGUACUGCACAUGACACAGAUUCACGUCCUAAAUCUGACGCGAAUUUAGAUAUUAUUAUUCUUGAUGAUGACGAUGGGGAUAAUAUAGAAAUUGUUACUCAAUCGAAAGAUGAUGAAAUGGAAGAAAAUGGAACUAGACUCUCAGAUUCUAUUGAUAAUAAAUUAACGAAAUCGGACGACGAAGAUCUGAUGGCGCUCAAUUAUGAAUUGGAACGUAAAAAACGAGCGGAUGAAAGAAAACGAAUUGAACAGGAUUUGAAAGAAAAUGAAAAAGAAAUUAAAGCGGCAAUGAAAGCGGCGAAGAAAAAAGAGAAGGACUAUGAGAAGGAACGAAAAAAAGAAGCUAAAUGGAAGUCUAAAAUGGAAAAGGAACAAGAACGUUUAGCUAAAAUGGAGAAGAAAUUAAGUAGUGUGAAAAAAGAUGUUUGUAAGGAAGGUAUUUGUUCUACGACGAAACUUCAUCAUAAAGCUCGUUCAAAAAUAUCGGUGGAUGAUGAGAAACCUACGUCGAAACUUCAUCAUAAAGCUCUUUCAAAACUAUCGGUGGAUGAUGAGAAACCUGCGACGGAAUUAAGUUUGGAUAAUAAAACAGAUGAAGGUGGGGAAACAAUUGAAAUUAUUGUUCCAUCAAACGAUGGUCAAAGUGAAACGAUAAUAAUACAAGAUGAUGAAGUGCAUAUAAUAAAAGAUAAAGAAGAGGAAAUAAUAAGAGAUAAAGACGAGGUAAUUACAAUAGAUAAACAAGAGGAAGUAAUAAUAAAUAAAGAUGAGGUAAUUACAAUAGAUAAGGAAGAGGUAAUAGUAAAAGAUAAACAUGGGGAGAUAAUAAAAGAUGAGGAAGUGAUAAUUAUUAAAAAAGAAAAAGAAAUUGAAGAUGAACCAUCAAAAAUAAAAAAUGAUUCAAAAAAACACCAAUACGUUUGCAUCGAUAAAGAUGGGCGAUUUACUUGUCAUGACACCUUCAAUAAUAAAGAUGUCGAUGUUUGCGGUCAUUCUGCAAGGAAAUCUUCGGAAAUAACGGAACUAAAAAUUUUAGAAGAAAUAGCUAAGAAACAUCAAUAUAUUUGCAUUGAUAAAGAUGGACAUUUUAUUUGCCAUGAUGAUAUAAACGAUAAAGAUGUUGAUAUUUGUAGGCAUCGUCCAAGAAAGACUUCAGCAACCACGGAAAUACAAAGACAAAAGCAUCCAUAUGAUAGCGAUGAACUUGACGUUUGUGGUCAUAUUAAGUUAGCUCAUGAACCGAUUUCUAUAAGAAAUCGAGAACAUGAUUUACAACCACAUCCUAUGUUUAUGCAUCCUCAAUAUAAUAUUCCACCUGGAUAUUUAGGUUAUCCACAACAUCCUAUUUACGCUCCACAUACAAGUCAUUAUAUGCCACAUAUUCAACAUCCUAUUCAAGGACCACAUACAGGUCACUAUAGUUCACAUCCCCAAUCUCAUAUUCCAACUGAAAACGUAAUUCAUCCACCUCAUAUAGAACACCCUGUUACAGAGGAAAUUGUAAUCCGUACAGAUCAUCAUAUUCCAACUGAAAAUAUAAAUCACACUCCACAGGUUGCAACUGAAAACAUUAUUCAUCCGCCACAUUCAGAGCAUCCUGCUACAACAGAAAUUAUUAUCCAUAAAGAUCACCCAACUGAAAAUAUAGCUCACCCACCACAAACAGAGCAUCCUGCUACAACAGAAAUUAUUAUCCAUAAAGAUCACCCAACUGAAAAUAUAGCUCACCCACCACAAACCGAGCAUCCUACUACAACAGAAAUUAUUAUUCAUAAGGAUCAUCCAACUGAAAAUAUAGCUCACCCACCACAAACAGAACAUCCUGCUACAACAGAAAUUAUUAUCCAUAAAGAUCAUCCAACUGAAAAUAUAGCUCACCCACCACCAACAGAGCAUCCUGCUACAACAGAAAUUAUUAUCCAUAAAGAUCAUCCAACUGAAAAUAUAGCUCACCCACCACAAACAGUGAAUCAUACUCCAAUAGAAAAGAUAAUUCAUCCGCCACAUGCAGAACAUCCCACUACAACAGAAAUUAUUAUCCAUAAAGAUCAUCCAACUGAAAAUAUAGCUCACCCACCACACACAGUGCCUCAUACUCCAAUAGAAAACAUAAUGCAACCACCACAUGCAGAGCAUCCCACUACAACAGAAAUUAUUAUCCAUACAGAUCAUCAUAAGCCAAAUGAAAAUAAAAUUCAUCCAUCACAUACGCUAACUAAUACUGUAGUUCAUGCACCACAUACAGGAUUUGUUUUACCUCCAAAUGAGCAAAAUGUUCAAACUCAUUUAUUACCAGUUUGUUCGCCAUCUCAAGCUAUGGAAACUGAGAUAAAAUGUACGAGUUUUACAACCAAUACGGAUGAUUCAACUGAAACAAAAAAAUUAAAACAUGAAAAGAAGAAAAGUAAAAAAGAGGUUGUCGCUAAAACGAAGAAAGUUGUUGAAGAAUUUGAAAGCGAUGAAAUAGAAGAGGAGGAUGAUAUAUGUACGACUUAUUCUUGUACCGCAUCGUGCGCAUCAAAAGGAUCUAAAAAUUAUUCUACCACGGAUAGUAGUGGAUCUGAUGACAAUAAAUGCAAAGACUCUCCAUGUACGGAAUGUCAAGUUUUGCAAAAGAUGAUUGCUCAAUUUACUGACCAAUACAAAGGCUGCGAGUGUAGUCUUUUACGUAAUAUCGAAAAUAAACUUCGACAUGUAAUGACGAAUAUUAAUGGAAAAGUUUGUCCAGAAACUUGUAAAGAAGUAGAAAACGAAAGGAAACUACAAAUCAAAGAAGAGAAAAAGCGAGAAAAAGAAUUAAAACAAGCAGAAAAGAAGCGCAAGAAGGUAGCUAAAACUAAAUCAAAGUCAAAUUCGGGGUCAUCUGAAAAAAUGGUUGGGGAGAAAUCUUCAAAAUCAAGUAAAAAAUCAAAAAUUGAUUUUCGUUCCGUUCCUGUUUCUUCAAAACAUUCCCGUCUAGCUGAAAGUUCAAAAUUAUUUUUGGGUUUACCUUGUGGUUUUGAACAACUGGUUAAAAAAACGAUAAUUGAUCGCAAAAGCCGACUAUCCAUCCCGGUUGUGCAACCUGUUGUUGGAGUUUGUACCGAUGGUCUUUGCGAUGGACAUACACAUGGAACUGAACAACCUCAAACCGUAACUUACGCUCAAGUAAAAAUAACAGAAUUUCAAAAAUAUUUAACAUAUGAAAUAAUGAAAGCCAGCCCUAAAAAACCUUUUAACAUGCCAAAUUUUAUCGAACAACUCUUCGUCAAGAAAAAAACGGAUUUACUUGAAACGCAUGAUACGAAGAAAGGACGUCACAAACAUAAAUCUAAGAGCACUAAAAGCAUUGCUAGUAAAGAAAGCGUACAAAUACCAUGCCCAGCUAAGAAUAGAGUAAAUUUUUCUAAUGAGGUUCUUAUGAAUUCGGGAAAUAACAAAAAGAAAAAAAAGAAACAGAAAUCUUGUGAGGAAUUAAAGAAAUGUUUGUCUGAAUGUGAAGUUAAACACCAAUGUAAGAAGCAACGAAAAUCAAAAAGCAAAGAUAAACAUUGAUAGUUUUAUAUUGUUGUAUUGUUCGCGUUUUAAUUCGGUUUUAAAAUUAAAAAUUAUAUAUAAUAA